AUGGGCAGGAAUGUUGCUCCCCUCUCUCACUUAUUCUUUGUCGACGAUAGCUUGGUAUUCACAAGAGCUAAUGAUAUAGAAGCGGAAGAUAUUCUUGAUAUCCUUGAAUCAUAUGAACUUGCCUCGGGUCAGAAGAUAAACUUGGAGAAAUUGGAGGUUUCUUUUAGUCGUGAUGUAAGCACUAAUUUGCAGAAUAUGCAUCAAUCGAGGUUGACAUUUGCGGCCGUGGAAGGACACGAUAGAUAUCUUGGAUUACCCACAUAUAUGGGUAGGUCUAAGAAAAUAGUUUUCCAGAUGAUCGAGGACCGAGUAUGGAAGAAGAUUAAAGGGUGGAAAGAGAGAUUUCUAUAG